CCGAAGGGGCGGGAACUUUGCGUAAGUGUCCAGCAUUCUCCAGGUUAACACACAGCAGCGUGUGGAGGAACACAUUGUGGGCGUCUCGAUCAAACAAAGACAAACGUGUCCGUCCGCAAUUUACUUUUUCAAUCUUGGCCGGAGCGAGCGGUACCAUGUCCGGCAGCUGGUGGAGCAGCGCCGCGGUCACCCACGGGCUGAUGGCUCUGUUUGCCAUGGGCUCCUGGAUUUCCGUCAACAGCCUGUGGGUCGAGCUCCCGGUGGUUGUCAGCGUGCUGCCCGAAGGGUGGAACCUGCCUGCUUACCUCUCUGUGCUGAUAGCAUUUGGGAACUUGGGUCCAAUAGCAGUGACCAUCACACACCACUGUGCUCCGGGACGUUUAAACGAACGCCUGGUCAUCCACUGCAUCCAGGUGCUGGCAGUGGUGGCGUCUGCUUUCCUGGCCGUCUUCUGGUCGCACACUGUCACAAUAGCAGGAGAGGAAAGAUCGUUACCAUUCCUGCUCUUCACCUUUGUGUUGUCUUUUGUUUGCUGUACGUCCAAUGUCACCUUCCUGCCUUUUAUGUUUAGCUACCCCCCUCAGUAUAUUCGUACUUUCUUCAUUGGUCAGGGCUUUAGUGCUUUGUUCCCUUGUAUUGUGGCCUUAGGGCAAGGUGUUGGCAAGCUGGAGUGUAAAACGGUGAAUGGCACAGUGCAGCCAGAGUAUUUUAAAGAGAGUUUUCCUGCCCAGAACUUCUUCUGGUUCCUGUUUGUCAUGCUGUCAGUCUCAGCUCUAAGCUUUCUGGCUUUGACUCGAAGAAAGACAGAGUCACAGCAAGACACACCGCCACAGGAAGCUGAUAAUGCAGGGGCGGCAAAGAACGGAGAGGAGACAGACCCGCUACAGAACGGAGGGACGCCGGUGUCUGAGGAGCAGGUGCAGGUGGAGGAACAGCCGCCUGCUCAGAGGUUCUGGACACCACACAACAUCUACCUGCUGGUUCUGCUCGCAGUCUCCAAUGCCCUCACCAACGGGGUCCUACCAUCUGUGCAGAGUUUCUCCUGCCUGCCCUACGGCACCAUGACCUUUCACCUCUCCGUGGUCCUUGGCAACAUAGCAAACCCCCUGGCCUGCUUCCUGGCCAUGUUUGUUGUUAUGAGGUCCUCCGCAGGUCUCGGGUUCUUGUCUUUAGCAGGGGGAGUGUUUGCUGCAUAUCUCAUGGCGUUAGCAGCACUCAGCCCCUGCCCACCACUGCUGGGAAACCCUGCUGGUGUGGCUUUAGUGGUCAUCUCCUGGAUCAUUUUCACCGGUCUCUUCUCAUAUCUGAAGGUGGUGAUUGGGACUUUGCUACAUGAAGCGGGUCAUGCUGCCCUGCUGUGGUGUGGCAUCUCUAUCCAGGCGGGCUCCCUUAUCGGAGCCCUCACCAUGUUCCCCCUGGUCAACGUCUAUCAUGUGUUUGCUAGAGCUCAGGAGUGUGUGGAUAACUGCAGUUAGCAGGAGUGAGAUAUGUAAUGUUUUCUGUCUUGUUUUUAAAAACACAGCUCCCAUUCAUUCCUCAUGGGAACUGACUGUUUUAACCCUGCUGUAGGGUUCCUGAGUGAAGCACUAGAUCUUUCUUGGCCUCAUUUCUCCUGAGGAUCAUUCUACCUAUGAGGCAUCCUCUCCUGACUCAGAAGCCUUUAAGCCAGUGAAAGCAAAAACAUUCCCUUAUAAUGGGAGCAUUGUGUUUCUGCACAUUCACCAAGGGGAUGUAAAAUGCGUAUGAUGCAGUAAUACCACAAGUGCUUUGUGUGGUAUUUUAUAAUGAAUCACUGUAGUUGAAGUUGUUUACUUCAGCCACUACAACAGAUCAUGUGAAAAGUUAUUUGCUCAGGGACAUAAUCAUUAACUUAUUCAUCUAUGUUUGCUGCUCCUGAAGCUAAUUAAUGAAGGAUUCACACUGUAAGUUGCAAACUAUAGCGCCAUCUGUAGAGAGGCAGGUGCUUCUAUUUUUUUUUUUUAUUUCACUGACUAUAUUCACAUGUCUGACUACCUCUUUCCUUCGUUUCCAUGUCUGUUAUCAUGUCUGAGCUGUUUCAUCAGAGUCAGAUACACAGUUCAGUUGUGCAGUCGUCAGUAUUAUGAAAAUUGUAAUGCAGUGACUUUAAACAUACAGUUCACAGAUGGAGUGACGUUUUUUGAUUUCACGCCAAAGUUAAAUGUGCCUGAGAAAUGUUAAACUUUACAAAACACGGUUUUCAUAAAAGCCAGUUUCCUUUAGAUUUAACUUUGUUUCUCAGAAUGUUUUAUUCAAACAUUUUAUGUAAUUUGGGUUGUUUUAAGAAUUUUAUUCAAAGUAAAGUUGUGCUAUCUUAAGGGAACAGUAUCUGGCUUUGAUGAGAUGUAAAGUAAUGAGUCACAAACAAGGGAUUUUAUCAUCUCAGUCUCUGAAAUAAUGAUUAUAUCUUUGACAUGCACUAAUACCUUGUAAGUUAAUUCUAUUAACCAUGCUGCUACAGUACAUCGCAUUUUUUAACUUCAAUAAACUCCAAAUUUUGUGCUGACUUUAUAUGGACUGAUUAACAUUUGAACAGUUAAGUGAUUGAUAAGGUUCUCUUGCUUUUUUGUUGAUUUUUUUUACUGAUUGUCAUGCGUACAUCAUGACAUGAAAUGGCUGAUGUUGGUGAACAAUAAAGAUUUGUUGAAAAUG